CGGCCUGGGUGGCUUCUGCCCGUGCUGCUGUCGUAGACGCGGACGGCUGUUAGUGUGGUGGCUGUUGGUUCGCGGCGGCGGCGGCGGGGGAAGAGGGCGAGGCGACGGGGAAAGGAGGCGGCGGGCGCGGCGGCGACGGCGGUGCCCGGGGCCCGCGGCGGCGGCGGCUGUAGCAGCGAGGGGGGCGAAGAUGGCGGACGUGCUCAGCGUCCUGCGACAGUACAACAUCCAGAAGAAGGAGAUUGUGGUCAAGGGGGAUGAAGUGAUCUUCGGCGAGUUCUCCUGGCCCAAGAAUGUGAAGACCAACUAUGUAGUUUGGGGGACCGGAAAGGAAGGCCAACCCAGAGAAUACUACACAUUGGAUUCUAUCCUAUUUCUCCUUAAUAAUGUGCACCUUUCGCAUCCUGUUUAUGUCCGACGUGCAGCUACUGAAAAUAUUCCUGUGGUUAGAAGACCUGACAGAAAGGAUCUCCUUGGAUAUCUCAAUGGGGAAGCAUCAACAUCAGCAAGCAUAGACAGGAGUGCCCCCCUGGAAAUAGGUCUUCAGCGGUCUACUCAAGUCAAAAGAGCUGCAGAUGAAGUUUUAGCAGAAGCAAAGAAACCACGAAUUGAGGAUGAAGAGUGUGUGCGCCUUGAUAAAGAGAGAUUGGCAGCCCGUUUGGAAGGCCAUAAAGAAGGGAUCGUGCAGACUGAACAGAUUAGGUCUUUGUCUGAAGCUAUGUCAGUGGAAAAAAUUGCUGCAAUCAAAGCCAAAAUUAUGGCUAAGAAAAGAUCUACUAUCAAGACCGAUCUAGAUGAUGAUAUAACUGCCCUUAAACAGAGGAGUUUUGUGGAUGCUGAGGUAGAUGUGACCAGAGAUAUUGUCAGCAGAGAGAGAGUGUGGCGGACAAGAACAACUAUCUUACAGAGCACAGGAAAGAAUUUUUCAAAGAAUAUUUUCGCAAUUCUUCAAUCAGUAAAAGCCAGAGAAGAAGGGCGUGCCCCCGAACAACGGCCAGCUCCAAAUGCAGCCCCUGUGGAUCCUACAUUACGUACAAAACAGCCUAUUCCAGCUGCCUACAACAGAUAUGACCAAGAAAGAUUCAAAGGCAAAGAAGAAACGGAAGGUUUUAAGAUCGAUACUAUGGGUACCUACCAUGGCAUGACGCUGAAAUCUGUCACGGAAGGUGCAUCUGCCCGUAAGACUCAAACUCCUGCAGCCCAGCCUGUACCUAGACCAGUGUCUCAAGCAAGACCUCCCCCAAAUCAGAAGAAAGGGUCACGAACACCCAUCAUUAUUAUUCCUGCAGCUACCACUUCUUUAAUAACCAUGCUUAAUGCAAAAGACCUUCUACAGGAUCUGAAAUUUGUCCCAUCAGAUGAAAAGAAGAAACAGGGAUGUCAACGAGAAAAUGAAACACUAAUACAGAGAAGAAAAGACCAGAUGCAACCUGGGGGCACAGCAAUUAGUGUCACAGUCCCUUACAGAGUCGUAGACCAGCCUCUGAAGCUUAUGCCUCAAGACUGGGAUCGAGUUGUAGCUGUUUUUGUACAAGGUCCUGCUUGGCAGUUCAAAGGUUGGCCAUGGCUUCUACCUGAUGGAUCACCAGUUGACAUAUUUGCGAAAAUUAAAGCCUUCCAUCUCAAGUAUGAUGAAGUUCGUCUAGAUCCAAAUGUUCAAAAAUGGGAUGUAACAGUAUUAGAACUCAGCUAUCAUAAACGUCAUUUGGAUAGACCAGUUUUCUUACGUUUCUGGGAAACAUUGGAUAGAUACAUGGUAAAGCAUAAAUCCCACUUGAGAUUCUGAAUCAUUUAAUUCCUCCUUUUCUGAAAACUUGGAUUAAGAAGCAUGGAUAUAGCUUGAUCUACAGACUGAAACCAAGCUUUAUGAAUUCAUCAAGAACUUGUAAAUGAAGAAGGACACAGAGUAGUCUUUUAUAAGACCUUGUUUGAUGCUGUGUGCUUCAAAGGGGCAAUGCCUCCCAUCCAUACAAGCAAACUUUUUUGGCUUACAACUAUUUUUUUAAUAUUAGCCUUCUAGUCUGUAAUGGAAAUUGUAUAUUUUGAUAGAAGUUUUUUCUCUAUUGGUUAAAUUAGCAUUACUUAAAAUUUGUUUCUUUAGAAAUAAAUACAGGUUAUAAAUGUG